AUGGAUCGGUUCAUCGCCACUCAGCGCAUUCCUCGUGGCUCUCGGCUUUCCGGAUGGCUUCACGGCUCUUCGGUCCGUGACAAUAGUGGUAGGAGACCUCCCAUCCAUACCAGGAAGACCUCGCACACCAGCACCUAUUGUUUCGCUGCAGCUGAGCGAGGACACCAACGCCAUGCGCCUGGCAUAAGAUCGUAUCCCUCAACUCGCGGACUGAUAGAUCCAGUACAUUCGCCAACCUAUGGCCCAAGGCAACCCACAUACGGAUCUGACUCAAGACACGAGGUCUAUCUGGAAAGGCUGUGUGCAGAACUGGGCUCCGCGCCUCGUGAGCGUUGCAGCAAGAGACGUCAUCAGCAGAAGUCAAGACGAGCGCCUGCGAAGAACGAGCGGCUUUGCUUUCCGCAGAUCAAGGAUUCGAAGAUGAGGCAGAAGAUAAUCGGUUGUCUUUUCUUCGGCACCUUGUUGACCAUCGUUCUGACAACAUACCUCGCCCUUGCAAUAUCUGAAUCCCUCCGCGGCGCCACCUUCCAUGGGCUCUUCAUCUUCUUCAUCCUUGUCCUUACCAUCUUCUUCUGCCACUACCUGAUCCGUCUCUGCAUGCUGGCCUUCGAACCCCGAAUGCGCUUCGCUCGCGCUCGCAAAUGUCAGUCACCGCUCAAUGGUGAUGAAGAAGCCGGAUUCGCGCAGCCCAGACAGCCAAUUCCUGUUGUGUUGGCGAGAGAUGAAGAGUUGGGGUUGCAUGAUGAUAAUCGCAGGGUUGAGGAGGAGGAUAUAGACGAAGCACUGCCACCGCCACCGCCGGCUUAUGGUCUAUGGAGGAGCAGUGUGCGCGCCGACCCAAACCUCAUCCACUGGCAAGCAGUUAGAGACAACAAUGAUGUGCAGCAAGAAGCGAGAGAGAUGAUCUUUGCCGGGACUGGGCAUCGACCACCUAGCUAUACUUCCCAUGAUCGGACGGAGGGUGUGUUUGAUGACCGCGUCGAGGGUGUACUGGAGCCUGAGCCGGUGGCGGCUCCGUUGCCGUUGCUUGCGGAGAGAAGGGCGGCGGGGACGGUGCUCUCGAGAGGUGGUACCGUUAGGAUGGCGAGAUCGAAUUGA